GUGAAAUGGUUCCCCUCGCUCAAUGGUCCGUGUGUGUACAGUACUCUACGCUCAUCAUGUCGGGCGUUAGGAAGCCCAGGUCGGUGGCAAAUCCUCUGGACUUGGCCAUCAGCACUCCCUGCGAACGGAUUCUGAAGGAAUGCCACGAUAUGUAUGUGGAGGGCGACAACGGUUUGGUGAAGAUUGCAGCAAACCUGGGCCUAACACUGCUUCCACCCUGCAAAAAGAUCAUUGUUAUGAUAAUGGGGAACCACUCUUCAGGGAAGAGCUCCUUCGUUAACUGGUAUGUAGAAGAACACAUUCAGAAGACAGGAGUGGCAAUUGAAACUCAAGGUUUUACCUUCAUCACAAGUGGCCGGAAAAGAGAAUCAUUGACAGGCAAUGCAGCUCUCCACUUGUACCCUCAUUUCUGGCCUCUUCUGGCUUUUAAAGGUGUCACAGACUACCUUUCAGCUGAAAUCUCUACCUCCAGGCAGAAGAAGUUCUACUUGGUGACAUUUGUGGACACACCAGGGCUGGUGGAUGGGGACAUGAUCUAUCCCUUUGAUGUGAACAAUGCAAUUAUAUUGUUAGGACAACUGGCCGACCUGAUCUUCGUAUUCCUCGACCCAAUGGGACAGGCCCUGUGCAAACGCACGCUGGACAUCGUAGAGAAGCUGAACGAGAUGUGUGGCGACAAGCUUCGAUUUUACCUGAGCAAGGCAGAUGAGGCCGGAAGGGAAACAGACAGGCAGAAGGUAAUGAUGCAGAUUGUUCAGGAGCUGUGCCGCAGGCCAGGCCUCAACAAGUGUUGUUUUGAAAUGCCCACAAUAUACAUCCCGAACCAACAGAAACCCAGUCGGUGUGAGAAUCAGAUAGGUGGGGUCUGCCAGACGAUUGAGAAGACAAUCAACCAGGCCGUCCAGAAAACCCUGGACCAAAUUGAAAAGGACUGCGAGCUCAUCUGUUCUACAAUAUGCAACAAUCUAGCACAAGACAGGGCUGAUGUCAGCCGCAACAAAAGCACAUGCCUCCACUCGUUCCUCUGCGGUUUCCUGGGCAUCUUGCCGUCAGCCCUCAUCGUCCUCACUUGUGUUGUGAACCUGGUUUCCAACAAUGAGCUGGAAAGGCUGCUUGGGGAGGACCUCACCAAAGCAUUCAGUCUCAGCAUGGGAAUUGUAACUGCUUUGUGGAACUGGAUACCUGAAGACAGUCAAAUUGUGUUCUUGAUUAUUUGUGGAGCCCUCAGCUACUUUCUCUUAUUUUUAGCAAAAUACUUUGCAAGACAAGGCAGUCAUACCCUGACAAAGAAGGAAAAGAGAAUCCUGGCGGAGUACAGUGAUUAUAUCCAGGCUGUGGUAAAAGCCAGGAAGUGCCAUCUCUAUGAAGAUUAUCUCCGGCAGUGUGCCACAGAGUAUGACCUGUGAUAAGAAGCAACUAUCCCGUAACCAGCAGCAAUCAGUGUUGAUGUCUGUUACUGGAUCCUGUGUCUAGAAAUACAUACCUUUCAUGGUAACAAACAUAUGGUAAUGAUAUACUGGGCAUUUUCAGGUCUCUACAGAAAAUUGUAUUUGUAUAGUAAAGCAGUCUGUGAAUCGCAGCAAUAACAUCUGCUGAUUCUUUUGGCUGAAAUAGGCAUGACUGGUCUUUCAUACUAUUGUUAAAUUGUCAAACCUUUUUAAACCAACACAGGGAGCCUCGAAGACCCAAAGCAUCUUCUAAGUGAUGUGAAAUGGUAAAAAUGGAAUAACUUAUUUUCAUUAAGCAUGGUUUUAAAGUGUUUGUAUACAUUGAGGUGUUAUCUGUAAUAUGAACAUGUUAUGAACGAGUGGUUGGAAGUGUUGCUUUGUCUACAGCUGACUUUUUUUUUUUCUCCCCAGUUUAUUGGAUUGUGAUCUUCUUUUUGAAUGUGUUUCAGCUGAUUUAGUGAAUUUGUUCAAUUUUUAGGUAGCUGUGUAAAAUGAGAUUCACAGAUCUAAGAAAAGUAGCAUUUAUUUUCAAACAAUCGUUUCUGUCAUUGUAGCAUUGUAAGAAUAAAGACACUGCUUUUGAAAAUGCAGCAGCAUUUCAGUCCUAAACAUCACAUGUUGAUGUGUAUUGUUUAAAAACUGAAAUUAGGUGUAAAUUGUUUUCCAUGUUGUAACUUAGAACUCAUGCACUAAAAAUUCUGAGACUUGGUUGGUUGAAUAUGCUGUACUAAUGUGCUUUUAAAUAUUAGGAAGAGAGGUCACAAAAACACCAGUCUUAGAAUUUCUCAUGUUUUGACUGAAUGUACCAUAAGUACCAAUACCUUCCAAAAACAGAAAGUGCUCUGUUUUGUCUUUUUGUAGAACAGGGUAUGGCAUUGCACUGUUUGCAAUAUUAUUUUUAAGAUAGAAAAAAAGGUGUCUUGUUUGCAGCACUAGUCUUUGACAACGAGUCAAUUAAAAAUGUGUCAGCAACUGCAGCAUUUCAUUUUCACUCUUU